ACGAACAUAGCGCGGUAUUACGCGGAAACGAACAUAGCGCGGUAUUACGCGAAAGUGAAUACGAACAUAGCGCGGUAUUACGCGGAAGUGAACGUGAACCGUCCUCGUCAGUACUGGGACUAUGAAAAUUUUACGGUGGUCUGGAGUUCGCCUGAUCGAUACGAAGUAGUUAGGAAGCUCGGCAGAGGCAAGUACAGCGAAGUCUUCGAGGGUGUCUGUGUUGCUGUGCAGCAGCAGCAGCAGCAGCAGCAGCAGCAGCAGCAGGAUAAUAAUAAUAAUAAUAAUAAUAAUAGUGUGCAGCAGCAGCAGCAGCAGCAACAGCAGCAGCAACAACAACAGGCUGCUGCUGCUGCUAGUGGUGGGGCUGGGGCUGGUGCUGCAGCACAAACAAAUACAAAUAAUGCUGCUGCUGCUGCUGCUGCAGCAGGAACUGCUGCAGCAGACCCUAAUCAGCAGCAGCAGAGAAGGAGCUUAGCUGUGGUAGGACAAAGAUGUGUAGUUAAAGUGCUAAAACCUGUUAAAAAAAAGAAGAUCAGAAGAGAGAUUAAAAUACUACAAAAUUUAUUUGGGGGCCCCAAUAUAAUUAAACUCCUCGAUGUUGUUAAAGACCCCUUAAGCCGCACUCCAGCCCUCAUUUUUGAAUAUGUUAACAACGUCGACUUCAAAACCCUCUACCCAACACUUCAGGACUACGAAAUCCGCUACUACAUCUACCAGCUGCUCAGGGCUUUGGAUUACUGCCACAGCCAGGGAAUAAUGCAUCGAGACGUGAAGCCCCACAACGUGAUGAUAGACCACGAAAAGAGGGAGUUGAGACUCAUUGAUUGGGGUCUGGCGGAGUUCUAUCAUCCCGGGCACGAGUACAACGUCCGCGUGGCGAGUCGGUACUACAAGGGGCCGGAGUUGUUAGUGGAUUUGCAGGUGUACGAUUACUCCCUCGACAUGUGGAGUUUAGGAUGCAUGCUGGCAGGCAUUAUAUUCAAGAAGGAGCCGUUUUUCUAUGGCCACGACAACUACGACCAACUUGUGAAGAUCGCCAGAGUCCUGGGGACAGACGGUUUAUACGCAUAUCUGGAUAAGUACGAUUUGAGCUUAGAGAAGAAUUUUUUACAGAUGAUAGGGAAGCAUACAAAGAAGCCGUGGACAAAGUUUAUAUCUUCUGAGAAUCAGCACUUAGCUGUGCCGGAGGCAGUUGAUUUAAUUGAUAAGAUGCUGGUGUACGAUCAUCAGAAAAGAAUACUGCCGAAAGAUGCACUCAAACACCCUUACUUUCAACCCGUACUCGAGGAGGAACAGAGGAACGCAGCAGCUGCGGCAGGCGAGGCGCCUCGAGUUUAA